AUGGCUGCAUGGGAUUUUCUACGAUCUCUCAAGGGGGUUUCUGACCUUCCUUGGGUGGUCUUGGGGGAUUUUAAUGAUUUAUUGAUGCAGUCGGAGAAGAGGGGGAGGUUGCCACAUCCUGUUGGUUUGAUUGAGGGGUUUGCUAAAGCUCUGGAUGACUGUGGCUUGAUGACACUGCCUAUGAUUGGAUACCCUUACACGUGGGAGCGGGGGAAGGGGACUGCACGCUGGGUGGAGGAGCGUUUGGAUAGAGUGGUGGCGAAUAUGGACUGGUUACAGGGCAAUGAUAGGGCGAGGGUCUUUAAUAUUUGGACUGACUCGUCAGAUCAUACGGCGUUGUUUCUGGAUUUAGGUGGGGUGGAUCAUGUGUUGCGGUCCCGGGGUUUCCGGUUUGAGAAUGCAUGGUUACUGGAUGGUGGUUGCAGGGAGGUGGUGGAAAGGGAAUGGUCUAAUACUCCAGGUUUGGCUUUACAGGCCAGGCUCGGUGUGUGA